CGCGGGCCAGGGCAGCAUGGCGGCGCCGGGCGCGGGCCGCGGCCCGCUGACGCCGCUGCUGGAGACGCUGGAGGACCCCGACGCCGCCCCCGGAGAGCAGACCGAUGCCUACCUCACCCUGGGAAGUCGUUUGACAGGGGAAGAAGGAAAAGAAUUUGCUCUAGAAAUUGGGAAACAGCUUUCUCGCCUUUGUAAAGUAUUUCAGGUUCACAUUUCUCACCAGAACUCGGAGCUGAAUUGUGCCGCACUACAGGCUUUGGGGUUUUGUCUGCAUAAUUCCAAAAUUGCAUCCGGAUUGUCAGAAUCGGAAAUGGAAGGAUUGCUUUCAGAAGUGAACAGUAUUGCUGAGAAGACUUCAGACAAAAACACACGCACUCGAGCACUUUGGGUCCUGUCUAAGCAGACUUUCCCUGCUGAAAUCGUUGGCAAAGUGGUGCCCAGUAUAAUUACAACAUUAGAAAUAGUAUUUAAUAAAGAAGAUGUGCAUUCUAUGGUAGUUGAUUAUGAAGCUCUAAAUGUCAUUAUACGUUUACUAGAGCAAGCUCCAGUUCAGAUGGGAGAAGAAGCAGUAAGGUGGGCCAAGAUGGUCAUACCUCUCGUCGUACAUUCAGCACAAAAAGUGCAUAUGCGAGGUGCGGCCGCCCUGGAGUUGGGAAUGCCACUGUUACUUCUGAAACAACAAGAAGUGGCGGCUAUAACAGAGCAACUCAUGACUACUAAUUUGAUUUCUGAACUCCAGAAGUUAUUCAUGACCAAAAAUGAGACUUACGUUUUGAAAUUAUGGCCUCUGUUUGUCAAGCUUCUAGGCAAGUCUUUGCAUCGCAGUGGGAGUUUUAUCAACUCGUUAUUGCAACUAGAAGAACUUGGAUUUCGCAGUGGAGCUCCAGUGAUUAAAAAAAUAGCCUUCAUUGCGUGGAAGAGUCUCAUAGAUAAUUUUGCCCUUAAUCCAGAGAUAUUGUGCAGCGCAAAGAGACUGAAGUUAUUAAUGCAGCCUUUGAGCUCUAUCCAUGUGAGAACAGAAGCCCUGGCACUUACUAAAUUGGAAGUGUGGUGGUAUUUACUGAUGAGGCUCGGAUCUCAUCUUCCUGCUAAUUUUGAACAGGUUUGCGUUCCACUGAUUCAGAACACUUUAAGUAUAGACUUGAAUACUACAUCUCAAGGCACUCCCUCCCGAGGAGCAGCUAAUCAAAGCUUAAACAAUGUAACUUCUGGGCAAAAAGCAGGAACUUUCCCAUUUGGAAACUCGGUAACUCCCAGGAUGAAUCUGAGUACAAGUAUGGGCGGCAUGGCCGCAAUUCCUUCCAUUCAGCUCUUGGGAAUUGAAAUGUUGCUUCACUUCUUGUUGGGACCAGAAGUUCUGGAGUUUGCCAAGCAAAAUAAACUGGUGCUUAGUUUAGAGCCUCUUCAACAUCCUUUAAUCAGUAGCCCUUCAUUUUUUUGCAAACAUGCAAAUACACUUAUUGCUGCAGUCCAGGAUGGCUUCAUUGCUGUUGGAAAAGAUGCUUCCGAUGCCAUGAUUAAUGCUAUUUGGUUGGAUCUGAUUGGUUUUGUGAAGUCUGUGAUUGAAUCAGGUAACAAAAAAGAGAGACAAGGUUCGGAAGUAUUAACCCUCUUGCUACAGGCUUUAAAAAACAUAGUGACAUCGAACGCCCUUCCUGUGUCGAAGACAUUGGUUCUAAUAGAAACAGCGAUUAAAAAUCUGCCUCAGAAAGUAUUAGGCUCACCAGCAUAUCAGAUUGCUAACAUGGAUCUCCUUAAUGGAACUCCAGCCUUGUUUUUAAUUCAGAUUAUUUUCCACAAUAAUCUUUUGGAAAACGGUGCAACAGAUGAAAGGUUCUUUCUAAACCUGGAAACCCUUGUAGGCUACGUUCUUUCUGGACCAACGUCUCCCCUUGCUUUCAGUGAAUCAGUCCUCAGUGUUAUUAAUCAAAACACAAAGCACCUGAAAAAUAGGGAGCACCUUUGGAGGAUGUGGAGUAUUAUUGUCAACCCUUUAACUGAACUUAUAAACCGGACCAAUGAAGUAAACCAGGGAGAUGCAUUAGAACACAAUUUCAGCGCUGUAUAUAGUGCACUGAUGCUACCUAUAAACCACAUUUUUCCAGUAGUGGACUUCCCGCCGCCCUCCAUGAAGUCCUUACUACGAACCUGGUCAGAAUUGUAUCGCGCAUUUGCCCGCUGCGCAGCCUUGGUGGCAACAGCCGAAGAGAACUUAUGCUGUGAGGAACUCUGUGCCAAGAUAAUGUUGGGAAUGGAUGAUGAAGCCUUAGCAAACUUGCCUCUUUUGGAUGGGAUUGUUCACAUUAUAACAGUAAUGGUUGACUGCAUCGAUUUUUCACCUUACAGUACUAAGUAUCAGCCAGUAAUUAAAUCACCACAGACCCCUACAGAUUGGUCCAAGAAGAAGAAGGAGCCCCUAGGGAAGCUGGCCUCCUUAUUUAAAUUUAUUGUGAGGGCGAUCAACUCUUUCCAUCGACUCAGUUCCAGAGAACGCCCCGAUGCUCUCCUUCCCGUUGGUAGUUCAAUUGUGAGCAUUAUGUCCAGUGUCUUGGGCCACAUUUCUUUGCCUUCAGUGAUUCGGACAAUUUUUGCAAUUUUGGCAAGACCUUUGGCAGUGUUCUAUGAAAACUCAAGGUGUGAUGAUAGGCCCAAAAUAUACAGCAGCCUCAGCAACAAGUCAGAAAAGCUUUUGGGAGAGAUUUUCCUCUGCUUACAGUCUCGCUACACUGGAAAUUACGAUAAUGAGCUUUUAGAACAGCUUUCACCAUUACUGUGCAGCAUAAUGCUGCAUAAGAAUAAGCAGAUUCGAAACCAGAGUGCCCAAUUCUGGAAUGCAACGUUUGCUAAAGCGACAGUGUUAACGUAUCCCGAAGAGUUGAAACCUAUAUUAAAUCAAGCCAAACAAAAAACUCUACUUCUGCUGCCUGGUUUUGAAAGUGUUGAUGUAAUAGAGGAAUCUAGCGGGCCAUAUUCAGAGCCAACUGAAAACACGCAGUUGGAUGCAAAGAUCAGUGGUGUAAAAGUCAAGUCAAGUGGGAAACGGAAUUCCUUGUUGUCACAAGCAAAAGAUUUGAAGGAAAAAAAUGCAAAGCCACCAGCUAAGUUGAAAUUAGAAUUUUCAUCUCCCAAAGCGAAAAAUGAGAUUCUUUUGGAAGAGGAGAAGUCUGUUGAUUUUGUAUUUAUUCCUCCGGAAGGAAAGGAGACAAAAGAAAGAGCACUGACUGAACAUCAGAAAGAAGUGCUUAGAACAAAAAGAGUUGACAUUCCUGUUAUGUAUAAUAACCUAGAUGUAUCCCAAGACACAGCCUUAUUUUCUCAAUAUUCUCAAGAAGAGUCUAUGGAAAAAGGGACUCGGAUUGAAGAACCAAAGGAUAAUCCUUCAGAAUUUCAGGAGGAAGAGAUGAAGAGUGAAUUUGGAAAGACGAACAAGCCUCUUGAUAAAGCGUCUACUCAGAGUAACCAAGUUGUUCCUCCAAAAAGAAAUUCGGAAUUAUUGAGCAGUAAGGAUGACGUAGAAAAAGAUACUAGAAUAAUUUCCAAGUCCCCUUCUCCAGAACAUUCACUCCUAAGUGGAAUUGUGGAAUCUAGUGGAAUUGUGUCUGGGACACCACCGCAGCCCACGAGCCGCCGGCAAUCUUUCAUUACCUUGGAGAAGUUCGAUAGUUCAGAGAACAGACCUUUUAGUCCAUCUGCCUUGACCACUGCAUCUGGAGCCUCUUCAGCUGAUUCCGUGCCCGUUGGUCAGGGUGCAACAAGCACUUUAGCUAAAGCGAAGGUCCGAGCAGGGAAUUCCUCCAAACCUGACUCCGAAAAAGUUGUGGUGGGGGCGAAAAGAGCAAGUCGCAGACAAAAUAAAGCCGAACAGUCGGGAAGGAAGAGAGCCAGGUUGUUAACGCGGUCGGAACAGGAGAAAAGUCAAGAAUCCCCAUCUGUGGAAAGUAAACAGAUUUGUGCCCCUGGUCAAAUUACAGAAAAAGAAGGUAGACUCGAGACCCAGUCUAAUGUACCUGGCCCUGCAUCACUGGAAGAUGAAACCCCAGAUCAUAACCUGAAGGAAGAAAAUGUCGCAGCAAUGGAAAAGGCUACGACGGAAGGAGAUCGUGAGGCGGGAUCCAAUUUGGAAUCCAAAGAAAAUACACCUCCAGAAGAAAUACCAACAGAUCAAAUGUCUAACGAGGACAGCCAGGUCCCGCAGAUAUCAUCCAAUCAAAAACCACUUAGGCGGUCCUCAAGACGACGAUCGGAAAAUGUCGAGUGUGCCACCGGUAGCCAGGACAAAGAAAACAGCCACCAGAAAAAGGAAAGACGAAAAGAGGAAGAAAAAUGUCCCCAGAAGAGGAUUACUCAACUAAAAGAUGACUUUUCUCCAAAGCAGAAGCAGGCUUCUGCAAAAGUUAAAGAUGAACAAGACGACCUGUCUAAGAAGGAGAGCAGUUUGCCUGAAGAAACUACCAGUGAAACCGAAAUAAACAAAAGUAUUAAAAAAACAGAAGCUGAGAAUGUAAAAUCGGAUGGAGAUAGUCAGGACUCUGGCUCAGAUAAGGUUUGUGAGAAACCAGCAAGGGGACGCACGCGAUACCAGACAAGGAGGGCAUCGCAGGGUUUGCUCUCUAGCAUUGAAAACUCGGAGUCAGAUAGCUCCGAAACGAAAGAAGAUGGUUCUAAAAAGAAACGAUCUGGGAAGUGGAAAAACAAAACCAGUGACCCUCUUGAAGACAAAGAGAAGGAAGAAAAAAUGGGGAGUCAAGAGUAUAUAGCAUCAGAAACUGUAACAGAAGGGAGGAGUUUGGAUGUGCAGAAUAGGAGUGAAGUGAGUCCAGAAGAAGACCCAAAGAUUCCGUUAAUAUCUCAGACUUGUGAGUCGAAAGACGAAGGGACCUAUUCCACUAUUAACCAGUGUGCUGAUGUGUCAGAGGUUGGUGGGCAGAACCGAAAUGGAAAACUCAAAACUGACACUGCCAAAGAAGACUCGUUUACAAGCCCAUGCGUUUCUGAGCCAGUUUUGAGUACAAGGCACGCGACUAAAAACUUGAAUAAGGAAGAUUCGAUGGAAGAUACCACAGUGCCUUCCGACAGAGGUUUCUCCGUUAUCUCCUCGCCGUCUGAAAAACCUCCGCAGACUCCGGAGUGCCACCACAAGAGAAGUAGGAGGGUGAGGAAGUCAAAGAGUUGUGAUUGCUGUGAAGCAAAGUCACAGUCUCAAGAAAAAUCAUUCACAGAGGUAAAGACCCCUGAUGAUCAACAUGUAAACCUCAGUGAACACAAAAAGGCAGGUGCCCAGACAACAGUCACUGCAGCAGAAAAUUUUCAGCUCUGCCCUCUCUUGGGAAAAAAAGCUCCCUUGCAGGGAACUUGGGCUUUUAAAGAUUCACUGAUUGACUCCGUGCUUGAAAGCGAGAUGAAAGAAAGUCCCGUGGAAUCGUUUCAGGAACCUCUUCCCGUAGAAAGGGUUGGUUUAGAAAAUCAAACCAGCUUCAGUGACGGAACCCUCGAAGAGCAGGGGCCGACUGAAGUGGAAGGCCAAACUGAUAGGCCACACUUAUUAAAUGAUGAUGGCUCCUUAGCUCCUUUAGAACAUACUCCCAUUGUAGAGAUGCAAACAGAAGUGCCGGUAACUUCGUUAGGAGAGGAAAUAAAUAAAAACGGGACACCAGAGAGAACGGCCAGUUCCGGAGGUGAACUCAAAGCGCACACUGAUAAAGAUGAGCCUGAAGACAUGGACACUCAAUGUGCUAAGUCUGAAGAGACCGAGGGGGAAGAAAUGAAUACUCGAUGUGCUAAGUCGGAAGAGGCGGAGGAGGGAGGAAUGGGCACUCAGGCUUCCAAACAGGAAGAGGAGGAAACAAUGGAGGCUCAGGAUGCUGAACCCAGAGAAACAAAGACUGAAGAAGUGGGCAAGCCAGGUGCUGAAUCCAAACAAACGGAAGUCGAACAGACGGAGGAGGAAGGCGUGAACGCUCAACCCGUGAAACCUGAAGAAAAAGAGGCAGGAGAGAUGGGAUUUCAUGGUGUGAGGACCGAUGUGAACACAGCAUUGAAGCCCGAAGAGAAUGCUGAACCACGUAAAUUUGAAGUCAAUAUUGAAGCUGACAAAUGUGAACAAGCCAAGGCAGAAGACAAGAACAGCGAAAUAGUUAAAUCUGGGGAACCAGUGGCUGAAGAAGGGGAUGUUGAGGUGGAUAAACCUAAUGAAAGCCUUCUGGAUGGCGAGAAGUUGGAAGAAACAAAAGUCGAUUGUGACCUUGAUCAGCCCGGUCUAGAAAAUGUCAGCGUUGGGAUUUUAGAGGAAGUACAGUCAGCUCCAGAGGAAGUAGAGAAAACCUCAGCUUCCACUAAUGAAGCCUCAGAACAGAUCACAGAAGAAAGUAAUGUUUCCUCUCCUCAAAAGCUGAAGGGGCUAGACGCUUUAUCUCUGGCCACAGCAAAUGAAAGUCCCAGUGGAGUGCAAACACGCUGUGUGUGGUCUCCUUCAGCUUCGCCCUCCACCAGUAUUUUAAAAAGAGGAAUAAAACGACCUCAAGAAGAUGAGACCCCAUCACCUGUCACCAAGAUUCGCCGAGUAUCCUUUGCAGAUCCAAUUUACCAAGCAGGCCUGGCCGAUGAUAUUGAUAGGAGAAGCCCCGUUGUUAGGCCCCAUUCAUCAAACAGUUCCCCAACAGCUAGAAGCCUUAAAAUUCCAUCUAAUUCACAAUCCAAGCAUAACACCACUCCAACCAAGGGAUUUCUGUCCCCAGGAUCACGUAGCCCUAAAUUUAAGAGCUCAAAGAAAUGUUUAAUGACCGAAAUGACCAAAGAAUCAUUGCCAUCCCCAAAUGAAAGCGUAUAUCCAGCAUUGAUGAGCUGUGGAGCACCAAUUGACAUCAUUUUGCCCCAGAUUACUUCAAACAUGUGGGCAAGAGGUCUGGGACAGCUAAUCCGUGCAAAGAACAUUAAAACAAUUGGCGACCUGAGUACUCUUACAGCAGCCGAAAUCAAAAGUCUCCCUAUUCGUUCUCCAAAAGUUUCCAACGUUAAAAAAGCUCUUAGAGUAUAUCACGAGCAACAGAUGAAAUCCCGUGGAUUUGAAGAAAUUACAGCAUUGGAUGCUUCAGAUAAGCUAGUGAAUGGAGUGGACAAUAAACCUACCUCUCCUGAUGAAGAAAGACUUGCUACAGAUUUGGUUGAGCCUGCUUCUUCCGUCACGGACUCCCAGGAGCCUAAGGAUCUCCUGGUACAGAUCAAUUCCCUUGCGCUGCAACUAACUUCGGAAGCUCUCCAGCACUAUUCGGGAAGCCAGCUAUUCGAAAUGCAAGAGAAGCUCGGGAGCAUGACAAACUGCAUAAUGAAAAAUCUACAGUCUCGUUGGAAAUCGGCACCCCACGAAAGCUGCUCGUAGGGUUUCCUCUCAGAAGAAACCGUACGCAACAUCGGAGUAAAGACGCGACUUACGUGUGGUUUAGUGAGGGGGAUUGCCAGCUCUGAAGUUUUCCAUAAAAAUUUUCAGACCUAAGACUGGAUAGUCAUGAAAAACUUUUAAGCGUGAGGAAGCCUGUCGUGAUGUAAGUUCAAUUAAAAGAAAAAACCUUGCAGGAUUUCUUUUCUGUGUAAAAUAUUUGUUUCCUGGCUGCUAUUCAUACUCCAAGUAUUUUCAACCUGAAACCCCUUCUUCCCUAAUAACUUCAGUAUGUUUUAAAUAUAGGAUGUUUUUAUUUCAACUCUGUAUAUUACAUGCCCAACAACAAAAGCUUUGAAAUGAAAUUGAGAAAGUAUGAGUUGUCAAUCUUAAAAAGAAAAAUUUUUUUUUUACCUUUAGUAUUUUAAGUGACAACCUUUGUGGAUAAUCUCCUGAUGAAUUGGCCUCUGAAAACCAUCUGACCCCAAAAUUCACUUUUUUUUAAUAUAUCAGAGUUUUUUGGACAGCUCUAUACGCUGGAGUAUUCUCCCAAGGAUAUGUAGUCCUAAAGAGCAUAUAUAUCAGACAUAAACACCAUUUGUAUAUUUUGUAUAGGUUACAGAUACUGGUUUUAAUUUAUGAGUUGCAACUUUGAACAUAGACUACCCUGCAGAUUCUCAUAAAGACCUUUUUCGUAAGAAUCGUUGGUUUCUCAUUAUGGAUACUGAUUUUUGUAUAUAUUAUGAAUUGUAGUACCACUACGAAUGGGCUGGAGUUCUUGAUGAGAUUGCUGCAGGUAAUUUGAAAAUGAUGUCUGUACAAAUGAAAAUUUUAAUUUAAGGCAGCCUUAGCCUCAAGCAAAUUUGGUUUUAUUUUACGUAGACCAUUUUGAUGUAACUUAGUUAAAUGCCGAACAGCAAGCAGUAAACGUUUGGAGAUUAGGUUAGCAAGGACCGGCAGACUAACGUUUGGGAGGAAGAGUCUUACCUUUUAGUAUUAAAUUUCCUACUUGUCUUCUAACGGCCGAGAGAACCGGGUAGUGAAAAUCCAGGGAAAUGUUUGGCAGAGUCCCUCAGUUCAGCCGAACGGAUCGAUAACAGCUGUGUAGUAAAGCACUUGGGGAACUGACCUCAAAGAGCCGACAACUGAAUCAGUCCGCGGUUGGAUAGAUUCGUCCAAAUGUGCUAAUGAGUGGCUUGUCUAGCAGGGGUGUGAUUAGAUGGUGGAGUUGCCGGUCGCCUGCUCCACAGGGCCCUCGCUUCCUCCUUUUCCUUAGCAGAGGGACACGAGGAGUAUUUAAGGGGGAGCCAGGAUGUCCUGCGAGUUGUUGAGGCUGCCAGAGUGACCUGGCCGUGACCACUUAGUAAAGCAAGAUAGGGAAAGCGAGUGGCGUUUCUCUCUACAUCAGAGCAGUUGAUCCGCCCUCGACCUUUUCGAAAGGAAAACAAAUUAAUUGGCCCCCAGAGAGCAGGGGUCACGAAUAAUGGUCUGAUGCUAUUUCCUCGAAGCCCUUCCUUGACGCCACCUGUCUGGGAUCGAGGAUCCCUUUGAUUGUCCCCUUGUUUUAGGAACAGAAAAUGCGAAGUGGAAAGCAAUUGCAAGCAAAAGCAGGUUGGUUGCCAAAAUAAGCACACCAUGUUUGUUUGGGAUAAAAUUAGGUUGAUUUAUUAAGCGUGCUUCGGCAGUGACAGAUUUGUGAAUGUAUUCCGUUCCGAUUUUGUUCAUAUUACGGAACUAGGAACUUGGCCCCAGAUGACUCUGUGAUCCCUUAGUUGAGCUUUUCUAAAAUAUUCACGUGGAUUUAGAGGUUUGUUAGAAAAUCCAGGUUUUUUUCAUAAUCAUUCUUACAGAAAGCUCCUCUCUGCCACUGCCUUGGUUUGAAACAAAGUUCUGUGGACCAAAUGUCUCUCUCUCCUUAUCCAGCUUCUCCUUUCCUUCUGAUUUCUUUGUCCAUUUCUUCUACCCCAGUCACCUCCUUAGAAUGUAUUCAGUUUCACUUCUGGUAUUUGAAGUUUCCUACAUGGGAUGUAAGUGUGCACCCUUACAAUAGCUUUCCUGUAUAGUACUUGAGAAUGAGUUGGUUAUGGGCACCAGUGGCUUUUUUGCAGCCUGAGAGCAUAAAUUACAAUCGGAGCAGUAAUUUUAAGAUGGAAUAAGAUCAGCCUUGUGACCAAACCGCAUCGUCCAAGCAGUGAAAACACUCCCCAAGAUUUACAACUGAACAAAUCUCAGGUAAAGAUUUCAGGUAAAGUUCAGUUCAGAAGUUCAGGUUGUUGAGAUUUUAGUGACGACUGCAAGGAAUUUUGAGGGCUGAAUGUUAAGUAAUGGAGUUUUUGAUUUACUUAAAUUUAAUCCUACUCCCCGCAAAAAGUUAAGGACUCCAAGAAUCUGGUUGAAAAGACUUCAAAGCCCGAUUCUUCUAGUCACCUCCAUCAGUAGUGUUUAUUGAACUCUUACUUUGUGCUCUGCUUGGGGGAGAAUAUUAUCCUACAGAUUGGGUAGACACAUUCAUUGCCCACGAGGUGCUCGUAGUCUCGAUGGAGGUCAGCAAAAAAGAUAUAAACAGGUAAAUUUGGAAUGCACGGAGUAGUUAAGUCUCAUUUCAGGAACAUUCCUGCAAACUACAGGCUGGUGGCAUCUGGCUUUGUGUUAGAUGGGAUGGGACUGUACUUAUUAAUAAGUACUGUCUUCAAUAAGUGAUGGGUUAUGAUGUUUAGAACCCAGUACACUGCUUGACCCUGAAGGUUGUGUGUUUUUGACUUGCUGGAUUCAAAAGAUUUGAUAUUCUUUGAACAGAACUGGACCAAAUUUCUAGACUACUUUAGUUCUGGGCUAUGAAAGCAAAACCCAGAAUAGGCACGGGAAGGAGGGUGAUGACUCAAAACUGCGGCAGGCAGCUGUGCAGUCCUGAACAAAGAAGAAAUUGAUAGAGAAAUGGAAAAUGAAUCCAAGAUUACUCAUUUUUCUAAACUUGCAACUUGUUAUAGCUAGGCCAGUAGGGCUAGGCUUGGACUCCCGGCAGUAUGCCGUUUUGGGUAUUUUUGAGGUGGCCCUCAACGAGCCAUGAGACCCAACUCCAUCAAAGAAAUGGAGGAAUUUGGUUUAUUUGUGAAAAUCCUUUUUCCAACCUCUCGGAGCUGUUUUGCACUUUAUGUAGAGUUAAUAUCACUUGGCUCCUUAUGUGUUUGUGUGUGUGUGUCCUGCUAAACUUGUUUAAGAUCAAAGACUAGAACUCAAGAGUAGAAGCAUUGACAAGGUAGCUGUGAAAUAUAAGCAAGAGGGGAACCUUAGAUCAGUUGGGAAGAAAAUGAAUGAGAUCUAGGUGAUCCAUAAUACUUGUAAACUGGUGGUGGGGAAAAAAGAUGCUGCUUUUCUUGCUUCGUUAAGUAAAACUGAAAGGCAGUUUUGAUCGUGUGUGUCUUCCAAGGUUCUUUCGAACUGCCCCUGUGUGAGAUAACGGGAGAAGGGUUUUCCCCCAUUCUUCAGGCAGAAUUCUGGGUGUGGCAGAUCACCAGAGAAAAUUGUGCUCUCUAUUGGAUUCCAAAUAAACCAAGCUUAGGGUUUGGCUUUUUGAAUAGAAAGAUGCCAAAAUAAAUUUUGAAUGUCUCCCUGAUGUCAGCUUAAGGGCCCCAUUAAGAUACGUAAAUUCUGCUAGUCUGUGAAUUUGUAUAAAAUUGUUCAACAUCAGUGGUGGGGACGAUUUUAACCAUAGCAGACUGACUAAUGCAACCUUCUACUUCCUUAGAUCUGUUCAUUUAUUUAAAAUGAAUAAAUGUGGAGAGCACGGUCUUUUUUAAAAGAGGAACAUAGUGGAUGUACUGUGAAAUCGGUACAGGGAAUGAUGAUAAAGAGCCUGUUUGUGAGUAUUGUCUGGUUAAUACCCCUGCCGCCUUAAUAGACACCAUUUAUCAGGUCUUAAUUUGUGGAGGUGAGUGCCCAGUGAAAUCAUGAGUUUGCUCCCUCACUGCAAGGUUGAGUUCUCUGUUCCGUGCUUUUACCAGCGGUCCUUGGAGCCAUCUGGGCGGUAACUGGCCGGGAAAGGGUUUCCCUUGCCCUCGACAAUUGCUAGGAAAGACGUGAAGCUUCUCCUGGACUACAGCUGAUUGCUCUGUCUUAAUGUUUCACUAAAAGAGCCACUCUUCCCCUAAAGCACUUUAGAAAUGUAACAGCGCCAGUAUGGGGGCUCUCUUAACAGGUCGUUUUCUUGGCAAAGUUAGACCAGCAAAGCGUCGUUUGACUGGGGAGGGUCUUGAUUCAGAGGCGGUGAUGGGAUUUGGGGAAUUAGGUUUCUUGGUCUGGCCCAGGGUAUUCCUCCCAUAACAACUCCGAAGGACCGAGUCACGAGCAUUUUGGCCAUCUGUGGGGAUGCCUGCCCCCUCUCCCCCGCACUGUACAUAGUGGAAGGGAAAAGGGACUCUGCGUGACAAUUUCGUUGCUAUUAUCGGACAUUGUCUCAAUUUAACUUUCACGGGAGGGUUCAGAGUGGAGUUGAUUCAAAUCGGAUCUUCGGUGACAACAUUUUGUUUCAAACAACUGGGCUUGUAUAUUUUUAUAUAUAUUUAUGGCGGUCCCAAUUCAGAGCUAGGCUUCACUCCCCCCCCCCCGCCGCAGAUUAAUUUUGCGGUUUUGUACCAACACUGAAGUUACUUGGGAAGUGAACUAACCGAUUCGCAAAAUUGAUCGUCGAUGUUUGUGGGGUAUUUUUGCUACUUCGUAUUGGCAGAAAUAAGCACCAGACUGUUAUGCAAUGAAAAUAAUCUUCAUGCUAAACUUUACAAAUGCUUAUCUCCAGGACUUUUCAGUUCCUUCCCUCUCCCCCCAAGCUGUCUCUGUUUCAUUUAACUUCCUGCCAACUGCACUUUUUAGAGGAGGAGAGUUAAUUCGGGUCGAUGAGUCUGGAAGCAGACUUCUUUUAUUUUCCAUCCCUGUGUAGCGCCGUACUACCGUACGGCCAUAGUUCAAAGAGUCUAGUUCUCAUUUACCUGGAAAUUUAGAGCUGUAGUUCUUCAAGGGGGAGAAUAGUGGUCUAGUCUACUUAACAACUGGAAUAGAUCUGGCACAGGCCUAAUAAUGGUCACCUUGGAUUUGCUUGCAAUUCACAAAAAUACUUAUUAAUGGGAAGUGUAAUAAAAAUGUCGACUUACCCAAGUUAAUUUCUCUGAAAAGAUUUCCACUGGGUCUACCUCUGCUCCUUGCCACCACUCUAAUGCCCGCAAACGUACACAUUUUGCUAGAGUCUGUUCCUUAGCCGUAAAAGAGGCAUCUGCAUUGGGCACUGGGGCAGCUUGAAAGAGAAAUUCCCUUUCUCGUUGCUCUGUUUUCCAGGAAUUACAAUUGUGUUACAGACGGGAGUUAAGUUUCACCUGUGAAAGAAAGGCUGUGGUUUGUUAGUAACUGUCCAUUUGGCCCUGUGGCUGCCUCUUCCUCCCCCCCUCACCGUAUUUCUAUCUCCACUAAAGAUGGGAGCCUUCUAAUAUUGUAUCAACGUGUAAGGCAGGAAAAAAUAAAAUAAAAGAACCUGGUACAGUCUGGUCACUGCCGGGUUCCGAACGAUUCCUGCUUCCCCUAUAACACUUGGUGCCUGACGCGGACCCCGUUUUCUAAAAUAGUUUAGUUUUACAUUAGCGAAAGGUCUCUAUAUUUGAUAAGCAAAUAGCCUUCAUGGAAAUGCAGUUGCUAACAAAUGUUACUGAAGGGAAAAUACUGGUAAAAUUAGUUUUUGUUGCACUUUUCCUCACUGUUAAAUAAAAAAACAUGAAAGUAAAAA